AUGAGUGCCCCUUCUCCCAAGAAGAAAAGUAGCGGCAAUACUUCCGGGCCACGCCAGAUUCGCUUUGUCGCUACUGAUGGCCAGCCGCAGACCAAGCGCCGUCGAGUCAACGCCGCGUAUCUGUUUGACAUGCCGCCGGCGCAAGAUUCGGUGUUCGGGCGAACAACCAGGUACGACCAAGCGCAGUUUGCCGAACAUGUUCAGAUUAUAAGCACGUUUGCCUCGGAUACGCCGAUUCGACCGCGCACAUGCGAUCCCAAUCCGACUCCUCGUCGCGAAGACCGCCGCUCCCGCAGCUCGAAGGUCCCCACGAUUCCAGCCACCCACGAUACUCAAGAGCAGUGGAAAGCUGCUCUCCGGAACCUUCGCAUGCACCGACCCCGAAUGUACCGGCCGCGAAUGCAACGGCAAAGUCGCCAACCGAGAGAACCUCCGAUGCGAAAGAUAUUUCGUCGCGAGAUACCUCGGCGCGCACUAAGGAAUCCGACUCUGUGGGAGCGGGAGAUACUCCAGAAAGCAGUUGUGCAAAUACGGGGAUCCCGCAAGAGUAACACGUCUUUGUCCUCAGGUUCGUCUACGGCCACCCGUGAUCCGCAUGAUCUUUUCAAUAGACUCAUGUUGACGUCAAAUUUCAAUCUAGAGUCACAGUCCCCGUCUCGGAGUCCCAAAAUAGCUGAGGGGGUGGACAGUUCUCUCCCAACAAUACUCAACCACCGUGAUGACCGAUACAACAAUAUCCCGUUUUAUGACCGCGAUGACUCCCUCCCCGUUCCGGAACUGGUCUCCCAUCUUGUGGACCUGUUUUUCACCCACCUUGGUUGCAACUUUCCUUUCCUCCAGCGAGAACGAUUCCUGCAAGAUCUCAAAGACAAGAAGGCCGACACCAUGCUAGUCGACGCUGUUUGCUCGCUAGCAGCCCGCUUUUCUCCUCAUCCGCUACUCGCGUCGCCUCAAGCGCCUCCGAUAGACUCUUCUCAGGCGCCUGCCGAGACGAAAAUGUCAGAUCGAAGCCUUCCUUUUACGCACCGAGCAAUGAGCGCUCUCAUAGACUCAUUGUCGUGUCCGACUCUGACCGCGGUCCAAGCAUGCUUGCUCCUAGCUUAUGAUCAAUUCGGAUCCAACCACGACAGCGGUCUUUGGAUGUACCUGGGGAUCUCCAUUCGAAUGGCGCAGGAUCUGGGUUUGCAGAAGCACCAAGGAUUAAAAUAUAAUUAUGGCAGCAAAGGUGUAACGCCCAAUGAGGUGAUGUCCGGCCAGGCUGGCAAGCUGCGAGAAGACCAGUACGAUGAUUUCGAUACGUAUCAUACGCAACAGCCGCAACAACCGAAUUCGCCGACUCUUGAUACCGAACGCGCCAGGGAACGCGAGCGAGUUGACACAUUCUGGAGUAUUUUUUUUCUCGAUCGAGUGAUUUCUUCUGGCACCGGAAGACCAGUGACUCUUCGGGAUGAAGAUAUAGAGCUGUGUUUUCCUCUUCAGUCCGAGUCCCAGCUUGCGAACGGAUGGCCUGCACCAUUCCCUCCUCUGAUUCGUGUCAUUCAUCUGUAUGGCCGUGUGACAGAUUUGAUCAACAGCAUUCAAGCUGUCAAGCAUGUCACGUCGGAUACAUUGAAGAGACUAGCGGGCAUGGAAAGUGACUUGACCGGAAUUUACCAAAGGCUGUCACCAAGACUUCAUUUCAAUGCUGCGAAUUUCCAGGCUUAUGUCAAAGCCAAGGAGGGAACGAAUUUCAUUCUUCUUCAUUUCUGGUUCCACACCCUUAUCGUUCUCCUUCAUCAACCGACUCUGUUGAAUUCCUUUGGCGGUACAAUUCAACACCUAUAUCCGAACAGCCGUGAGCUCUCGAUGUCGUCUGCAAAGACAAUUGCCGAUAUCCUAUCCUUCUCCGAACUGGUGGAUGGAAAAAGCUUCAUCGGCAAUCCUUUCACCAGCCAGCCGAUGUACAUUGCUGCCUGUGCGUUUUUGAUGGAAAGCGCCUACUAUUCACUACCCUCGUCGCAAUCAACGACCCCGCCAGCACCACAGGCAUUGUUGGCUCAUCAGUCCAGUGGCUUUGUAUUGCCAACAAUAGAGCCGACUAACGGAACGGAGCGAAAGGCCACUGCCAAGCAUAUUCUUCUGGCUUCUGCUGCGCGAGAAAACUACCAGCGCUGCUACAAGGCUUUAAAGGCCCUUGAUGCGUACUGGGAAGGCACCGGGUAUAUCUUAACGGUCUUAGAUCAAAAGGCGAAGGGAAUUGUGGACCCCCUCCUAUAUGCCGCAGAGGACUAUGGACAGAGCGCUGAGAGCACACCAUUCGGGCCCUCCGCUUGGCCAAGUAAAGCAGCAGAGGUUUCAAGCACCGGGCGGGCCUCUGGUCUUACUGACCCUUCGGAUGGCGAGUCGCCAAAGUUUGACCCGAGUCAAGCUAUCGGCUGGGCUCUCACUGGUGCCACCGAUUCCUCUCAACCUAACCUGAGUCUUCUUUAUCAAAUGCCGACGACAGAGCCAGAGCCGGAGACCAGCAAGCCGACAUACUCUUCGCAAUAUAGCCACAGUUUUCCUGCGCUACCAGUUCAAGCAAACUCAGGACAGGCAGCCAGCUCCUCUUUCCCCUCCAGCGUCCACUCAACUGGUACCCUAGGUGAGAAUCAGGCGUCGACACUCGCUGCUGCCGACGCGAAGUUCACUCCAGUAUCGCCCCGUCCACUGGGUACCGACUCUCCCUAUUACAUGGGGCAAUCUAGCUUCAAUCAAACCCUUCCUCCCAGUCAGAUCGAGGGACACAAUGCAGCCUAUGCAUACCCUGUCUCUUCUGGCCCACCCUCAGAUCAGCAUAUCGGUGCUCAGAUGAAUAGCAGACCCGAUCUCUCUGGAGGCAUGAUGAUUGAAAGCCACGAUGUGGACAUGAACAGUCUCCACCAUCAAGAAUCCUUCCCCUUCUCACAUGGAGAGAUCAUACCCUGGCUCGAAUAUCUGCCUCAGGAUGUCCUCAACUUCUUUGGCGAAAACCAAAACUUUUCCCUUAUGACACCCGAGGACACAAACCCCCGGCCAGCCCCUUAA